UGACCAGUCCUGUUUCUGUAGAAGCUGUUACACAUUUUUUGCCCUCCUGGCUGAUCUCAGGACAGCUUACCUGAUGGAAACUGAGCCUCUGAGCAGCUUCUCGUCUCUAAUUGUGUUCACUGAGGUGCAAGACUCUGCUCAGCAAACAGCGCUCGGUCACUAUCAGCAGAUGUCCUCUCAGGCACAGGUGGACAUGGCAUCAGUGUCGCCCAGCUCUCGCCUCAACAAGGCCGUGCGCCAGCAGUACAUGAGCCUGCCGCAGGGAGACAAGUGCCAGGUCACCUACAUCUGGAUCGACGGCACCGGAGAGGGGCUUCGCAACAAGACCCGAACCCUGGACAAAGAACCUGAAAGCAUAGAAGAAAUUCCUGAAUGGAACUUCGAUGGCUCGAGCACGUACCAGGCCGAAGGCUCCAACAGUGACAUGUACCUUAUCCCGGUCUGCAUGUUCAGGGAUCCUUUCACCCUGGACCCCAACAAACUGGUCCUCUGUGAGGUCCUCAAGUACAACCGUUUGCCUACAGAGAGUAACCAUCGGGCUAGCUGCAACAAGGUGAUGGAGAAAAUGAAAGAGCACUGCAUGUGGUUUGGUAUGGAGCAGGAGUACACACUCCUAGGGACAGAUGGACAUCCUUUUAGUUGGCCCAUAAAUGGAUACCCAUCACCCCAGGGCCCUUACUACUGUGGCGUGGGGGCAAACAAUGCUUAUGGACGGGACAUCGUGGAGUGUCACUACAAGGCCUGCCUCUACGCAGGGAUCAAAAUCUGUGGCACCAAUGCUGAAGUUAUGCCAUCUCAGUGGGAGUUCCAGGUGGGUCCCUGUGAGGGUAUUGAGAUGGGCGACCAUCUGUGGGUCGCACGCUUCCUGCUGCACCGCGUGUGUGAAGAUUUUGGGGUUGUUGCAACUUUGGACCCCAAACCAAUUACAGGCAACUGGAACGGUGCCGGUUGUCACACGAACGUCAGCACCAAGCAGAUGAGGGAAGAAGACGGACUGCAAUACAUCGAGCAGGCCAUCGAGAAACUGAGCAAAAAACACAUGGAGCACAUCCGUAUGUAUGACCCCCGGGGAGGCCAGGACAACACCAGACGUCUCACAGGUCUCCACGAAACCUCCAGCAUCACAGACUUCUCUGCUGGAGUGGCCAACCGAGGCGCCAGCAUCCGUAUCCCCCGCCAGGUGGGCCAAGAGAAGAGAGGGUACUUCGAGGACCGCCGCCCUGCAGCAAACUGUGACCCAUACCUCGUGACAAAGGUCAUCGCGUGCACCUGCCUGCUGGAUCCAGAAGAGGAUGAGGAGUGCAAGUAGGAGAAAGGUGCAGCCUGUUGUACUGGCUAUGUAGCAAUGUUUAAUAAUAUACAUUCCUCUGUGAGUUCACCUGAGGUGGACACUUGAAAAACACAAGAUAAAGAAAUUAAGGCAUGGUUAAUGGUUAUUGUGAUAGCAUGUUUAUUGAUCUAAGUUUAGCCAUAUAGUAUAGACUUCCGUGUGCACAUACAGGUAAUUUUCAGUACUGUAACUGUCUUUAGAAAGGAGACAUUGAAAGUUUUGCACAGCAGCUUUGUCAGAAUGGGAAAUAACCAUGUGUUAUGGCUAUUCUGAGCUUACAUGUUCAUCAUUCUGCAUUAAAAUAUGAAUGAGCUUGUGUUACAGGUGUUAGUUUGAAAUAAAGACAACG